CACACACACACACACACAUACACACACGCACGCACACAUACACGCACGCGCGCGUGUGCGCGCGCUCCGACCAUGCCGCGCAGACAGACAGCGCGCUGUGAAUGAGGCAGCAGUAUGUAGCCCUUCAUGAGCCACUUGGACUUCCACAGUGAAGGCGCAUGGUGUGAGCGGCGAGGCGCUGAAGAGGCGGCCAUGUUGGUGCUCGGGGUUUUGGCCGGAUUCUGCCUCUGCAGCGCGGCCGCCUCCGGAUACGGGAGAUGGACGCAGAACUUUCGCACCAGCUCGAAUGAAGUGGACAAGCCCAGCUCGCAGCCGCACAUCAUUUUCGUUAUGGUGGACGACCAGGGCUUCAGGGACGUGGGAUAUCACGGGUCCGAAAUCAAGACGCCGACACUGGACUGGCUCGCGGCUAACGGAGUGAAACUGGAGAAUUACUACGUGCAGCCGCUGUGCAGUCCAUCCCGCAGUCAGCUCAUGACCGGCAGGUAUCAAAUUCACACUGGGCUCCAACACUCCAUAAUCCGCCCCACCCAACCCAACUGCCUCCCACUAGAAAACAUCACCCUCCCCCAAAAGCUGAAGAAUGCAGGAUAUGCUACACACAUGGUUGGCAAGUGGCACCUUGGUUUCUACAAGCGUAGCUGCAUGCCUACACAGCGUGGCUUUGACACCUUUUUCGGCUCCCUUCUAGGGAGUGGUGACUACUACAGCCACUACAAAUGUGACAGCCCUGGAAUGUGUGGCUUUGACCUGCAUGAAGGCGAGGAAGCUGCGUGGGAGCAAGACCGAGGCAUCUAUUCCACCCACAUGUAUACUCAAAAGGCAGUACGUAUUCUAGCAUCACACAACCCCAGACAACCUAUCUUCCUGUACCUGGCAUACCAGGCAGUGCACUCGCCUCUGCAGGUUCCCGCUCGCUAUCUGGAACGCUAUAAAUCCAUCCCAAAUCUGCAACGACGCAAGUACGCAGCCAUGGUCAGCUGCUUGGACGAGGCUAUGCGCAACUUAACUCUUGCACUCAAACGCUAUGGCUACUAUGACAACAUGGUCUUGGUGUACUCUUCGGACAAUGGGGGUCAACCUCUGGCAGGUGGCAGUAAUUGGCCACUAAGAGGUAGUAAGGGAACUUACUGGGAGGGUGGUAUACGGGCAGUGGGGUUUGUGCACAGCCCCCUACUUGUGAGGAGAGGUACUUGUAAAGCCCUAAUCCACAUUACUGACUGGUACCCUACCCUGGUAACACUUGGUGAAGGUACGCUUGAUGAGAAUCAGAACCUGGAUGGCUAUGACGUUUGGGAGUCGAUCAGCGAAGGGCUCCCGUCUCCACGUCAUGACAUUCUCCAUAACAUAGAUCCCAUCUUCACCAAAGCUAAGAAUGGCUCCUGGAAGGCAGGAUAUGGAAUCUGGAACACAGCAAUCCAGGCAGCUCUCCGUGUUGGGGACUGGAAGCUCCUGACAGGUGUUCCAGGCUACAGCGACUGGGUUCCACCACAAACCUUUUCCAACCAGAUGUUGAGCAAUCGCUGGCACAGUGAGCGUGUGCGCUGGGAUCGAGGCAAGACGAUUUGGCUGUUUAACAUCACAGCUGACCCUUUUGAGCGUGUGGAUCUGUCGAGGCGUUACCCACACAUAGUGAAAAAGAUGCUACUCAGACUUUUGCAUUACAACAAGACAGCUGUGCCAUGCCGCUACCCACCCAAGGACUAUCGGUCCAAUCCUCAGUACAACGGAGGGGUCUGGGGACCUUGGUACUCAGAUGUAGAUGAACAGGAGAAUGAAAAUAAUAGCAUUCUUGCCAAUAAUUUACAGAAGAUUAAAAAAGAGAAAAAAGCGAAACAUAAAGGGAAGUUGAAAAGGAAAGCUGAAGACUUCUUGGUCCUUCAUUUGCAGUGACUUAUGUUUUCCCUUUAAAGACUCCAGUACUCAGGGACUGACAGGCAGACGUGAUCUGUUCACAUGAUUUUUCACUGACAGAGUUUUAUAUUUCGAUAGAUUUACCUCUAGUUAGAUAUUUUAGAUGUAAGCAACAGGAAUCGGUUGUUAUGCUUCUGAUUCUUAUGAAGAAACCCACUUAAACACUGCUGUUUUUCCAGCUUAGAAUUGGACAAUGUUUCUUAGAGCUUUAAGAAAAAGAUAUAUAUAUUUAUUUUUAACAUUUUAUUGCAUGCUCAACCUUCCUUGGCCUUCAUAUUGUUUUACGACUUGUAGAUUAAUAAUAGGUUCGAAAGAAAUUACAAUAUAUAUCAAAUAAGAGGCAUAAUUGUUUGUCAAACUAAUCAAAUAAGGAAGAAUAUUACAUUCUGUGCCUGAGCAGAUGCAGUUUAUUCCCAGAAUCAAAACCACAUAAAACAGUAGUUUUACUGAUAAACCUUAAUAUAAUUGACGUUUCACACUUAGAAUUUUCCAGUACUGUGUUUGUCUUUUGUUUGUUCCUUUGUGUUGUGUGGUCCAGUACCAGUUAAAGUUGAAUGUAAAGCAAUAAAACAAAAAUGUGAACUCUU